AUGGACAGUGGGAUUGAGCGCACCCUCAGCAGGUUUGCCACCAACACCAAGCUGUGUGUUGUGGUCGACACGCUGGAGGGAAGGGAUGCCAUCCAGAGGAACCUAGACAGACUUGAGAGGAUUGCAGCAGGAUCUCGAAGGGAUACUCAGUCGUUACUUUCAAAAUAUAAAGGCAAUAAGGAAGUCCUUAUGGUGAAGGUAACACUUGUGAACUCAUUUAUGCCUUCUUACAAGUCUCUCUUUGUGGCAAUCAAAAAUUACAUUUCACAAAUACAUGUUUGUACGCAGUUACUUAAAAUGAAAAAGGCUAACUACUUUUCUAAAUUUUCAAAAGCUCCAGUAAUAUGCAAAUUAGUUGGAAGAAAAGUUCUUGAUGGAGUUGGUCAGCCAACAUUAGAAGUGGAAAUAUACUGUACAGUUAAAAACUAUGAGAAGAGGAUUUGUUCCACUGUAAUGUCUUCUCAUUCUCAAAUACCUGAAAAUGCUUUACCUGAAACAACUGAAGCUGAUGAGAAAGAAAGAAGUGACUCUGUUAACACUGCUGUGGAAUGGGUGAAUGAAUCACUGAACACAAUGUUAAGAGACUUGAAGCCUACUGACCAGUGUACAGUUGAUAAGAUGCUUGGUGAAUACUUUACAAAAAAGGUAGAAGAAAAAAAAGAAAUUCAAAAGCAAGAAGAAGAAGAAGCAGAAGCCACUCUUGCCCUUACGUCAUGCACUCCAUCAGCAACAGCACUACCUGGCAAAAAAAAAGCAGCAAACCCAGGGAAGAAGGUGGCAGUUGCAGAGAGAACAAUCCCACCUGCAGAACCUGUUGAAUCAGUGCUUUGUGGCAGCUUAGCCAUUGGGGGAACAUCACUUGCUAUAGCUAAGGCUGGUGCCACCAUUAGCCGUAUCCCAUUGUACUUACAUAUUGCACUGCUGAAAUGUAAUCAGGAUUCACCUAAAGAAAUUACUCUGCCACUUCCAAUGGUUACUCUGUUGAACUGUGAAAAAAUUUCACCUUCAACACUGAAAUUAGUGAAAGAAGUUAUGCUUAUACCACCGGUUCAGUUAUCACUCAAACAGGGCAUAGAAAGAGUUCUGGAUAUUCAGAAAGAAAUUAUGAGACUGUUGGAGCCUCCAGGCAAAGCGCCCAGUCCUCAACUAGCAGAUAGUAAGAAAGGCAGAGCACAUAAUACAGGGAAGAAAGCUCCGCCACAAGCCUUAAAAAGAAUAUCACAUUUAGGUUGCCUAAUAACAGGAUGCGAUAAUCUAGAACAACUGCUACUCCUAAUGCAAACAGCUUGCAACAAUAUAGGUCUGGAGCUAGGAACAGACAUGCACUUAGCAAUAAAUUGUGCUGCUCAUGAAUUAAUGGAUUACGUUAAAGGAAAAUAUGAAAUACUCACUGGAACGUUCAAAAGACCUGAUGAAAUGGUUGACAUGUAUGUGGAACUGAUUAAUAAAUUUCCUUUUAUUAUUGCAUUAAUAGAUCCCUUAAGAAAAGAGGACAGACAACAAUGGAAUCACAUCUGUUGUGCUCUUGGUUCCAAGUGUUACCUGAUUGCUGAAGAUGCUGCCACAUAUAUUUCCAAACUUAAAAUUGACCAAAACAUAAACAUACCAACGUGCAGUGGUGUUGUCCUAAAAUAUAUUAACCAAACCAGGGUAUCAGACCUCAUAGAACUUACUGGACUUCUAGAUGGUCAAAGACAUAUUACCAUAUUAGGAAGUCCAGAUGGAGAAUCUUCUGAUGAUAGCCUUGUGGAUCUGGCUGUUGGACUGGGUGCCAGGUUUAUCAAGUUGGGAGGUCUUUCCCGCGGAGAAAGGGUGACCAAAUACAACCGCCUUCUUGCUAUAGAGGAAGAACUGGCCAAGAAUAGAACGCUACGUGAAGCAAAUCUUGAAUUUAUUGCUUUUGCUGAAGAAUCACAGCCAGAAAAACAACUUUCUGAUGUACUUCCUCCCCCAAAGCAGGAUUCGUUGCCUCCACAGCUCUCUCAGCCAGCCCUGCAGGUUCGCAGCCUGCCUGCUCAGCUCCCAGAGAACAGCACACUGACCUAG